CAGACACGCUUUUGCCCAUUUCCCUUCAUAAAACAGUUAUUCUCUGUUCUGAUACUUCAAGACCGACAUGAACUACCCCAAAGAUUAAAUGGGCAUUACAGUCCACACCGUCGUUGGAUCACAAUAUGCCGAGAGGAAGGAUGCAUGGACCUUCAAGGAUCUAUUUGCUCUUUAUUAUUUUGGAAUGCUACUGGAAACUGGGAUGUGGACAGCUCUCUUACUCUGUAUCGGAGGAGGUAAACCCGGGUACUUCCGUAGGAAAUCUCGCAAGAGACUUAAAUCUUAACGUGCAUGACUUGGAGACACGCAAGUUUCAGAUUGUCAGCGGAUCUAAAAGAAAAUAUUUCGACAUAAAUCUGAAAACAGGCAGUCUUUAUGUCGCUGAAAGAAUCGACAGAGAGGAGCUUUGUGCAAACGCUGCACAAUGCGCUGUUAACGUAGAGGCCGUUGUUAACAAUCCGUUAAAACUCUAUCGAUUGGUAAUACACAUCAUUGAUAUAAAUGAUAAUGCACCAUAUUUUUCUGAAAACAUACAGUCUCUCAAUAUAGCAGAAAGUACAGCGCCAGGAGGAACAUUUGGAUUUGUAGCCGCAUCAGAUCUGGAUGUGGCAAAGAACAGCGUUAGCACAUACAUGCUCAGUCGAAAUGAUUAUUUCUCCUUAGAGGUCCACAAAAACGAAGACAGUGUGUCUGCCGAGCUUGUGCUGCAAAAGGCUCUGGACCGAGAAAAACAGCCGAGCAUCAAACUUACUGUGACUGCUGUGGAUGGAGGAAAUCCACCAAAAUCAGGGACAGCACAGAUUAUUGUCAGUGUUUUAGACAAUAAUGACAACUCUCCGGUUUUUAGUAAUUCUUUGUACAAAGCGAGAAUAUCUGAGAACGUAUCAGUAGGUAGCACUGUUAUAGUUUUGACAGCAGUAGAUGCAGAUGAUGGGAUAAAUGCUGAAAUUGAAUAUUCUUUAAGAACCAAAGGCCAAGAUCACAUUUUAGAUCUUUUUCAGAUCAACUCUAAAACAGGAUCAAUUCUUGUUAAAGGUAAUAUCGACUAUGAAGAAACCCCAGCCUUUGAGAUUCAUGCUCAAGCUAGUGACAAAGGUCAGCCUCCAAUGUCUGCUCAUUGUAAAGUUCUGGUAGAGGUCCUAGACUUAAAUGAUAACGCUCCUGAGAUCACUGUAACAUCGCUGCUAAACACGGUGAAAGAGGACGCACAGAUAGGUACAGCUAUUGCUCUUGUGUCUGUGCUGGACAAAGAUGGUGGGAAAAACGGGGAAAUAGAAGCUGUUAUUGCAAAUGAAACCCCUUUUAAACUGGAAACAAAUUACAAAAAUUAUUACUCGUUAGUAGUUAAUGGGCCACUUAAUAGAGAGAUUGUGGCUGAAUACAACAUAACUAUAGUCGCAACUGAUGGAGGGAUUCCAUCUCUCUCCAGCAGAAACACUGUUAAUAUUCAAAUAUCUGACGUUAAUGACAACCCACCCCGUUUCUCUGAACCACUGAUAAAUGUUUAUGUGAGAGAGAAUGGUCCGGUGGGAGCAGUUAUUAAAACCGUAUCAGCAUUUGAUGCCGAUAUUGAUAAAAAUGGUCAGGUUUUCUAUUCGUUAUUACAAACUAACAGUAAUUCACAGAGUUCAUCCACGCUUGUUAAUAUUAAUUCUGAAACAGGAGAUAUAAUCAGCUUGCAGUCUUUUAACUAUGAGGAGUUAAAAACAUUUCAGUUUAAAGUUCAGGCUACAGAUUCUGGUGUUCCUCCUCUCAGCAGCAACGUGACUGUUAAUAUUUUAAUUCUGGAUGAAAAUGAUAAUAAUCCAACAAUUUUAGCUCCUUAUUCUGAGCACGGCUCUGCUAACAGUGAGACCAUCCCCUAUUCUGCUGAAGCAGGAUACUUUGUAGGAAAGAUCAGGGCCGUGGACGCAGACUCUGGAUACAAUGCGCUGCUUUCUUAUCACCUGUCUGAGCCCAAAGGAAACAACCUGUUCAGGAUCGGAACCAGCACCGGGGAAAUCAGGACUAAGAGGAGAAUGAGCGACAAUGACCUGAAAACUCACCCCUUGGUGGUGCUGGUUUCUGAUAAUGGAGAACCUUCUCUGUCAGCUACUGUGUCUAUUGAUGUGAUGGUGGUUGAAAGCACAGCUGAUGUUCAGACUCAGUUCAGACAUGUGCCUAUAAAGGAGGACAACUUCUCUGAUUUGAACCUAUAUCUGCUGAUCGCCAUCGUGUCAGUCUCUGUGAUCUUUCUGCUGAGUCUCAUCAGUUUAAUAGCUGUCAGAUGCCACAGGACAGACGGUGAUUUCAGCAGGUACAGCGCCCCCAUGAUCACCACCCACCCUGACGGGAGCUGGUCUUACUCUAAAGCUACUCAGCAGUAUGACGUGUGUUUCAGCUCAGACACGCUGAAGAGUGAUGUAGUGGUUUUCCCCGCAUCGUUUCCACCUGUAGAUGGUGAACUGAUCAGUAUAAAUGGAGGAGACACUUUUACCACAACUCAGACUUUACCCACAAAAGAAAAGAGUGAGAAGCAGGCCGUGAGAGAAAGAGAAUACUCAGCUGACUGGAUAAAUGGUCAAGACUGGCUUUUGUUCCGUGUUAUUAUGGCUGUUUUAAGGUUGAGACUGGAGUAG